UUUCGGAUGAAAUGGCCAGUUCAGGUCAGCUGAGAGAAAGUAAAUCCCAAGAUCGGUUUGAUUACCUACAGGCCCUUGUUACUGAAUUUCAGGAUACCGAUAGUCAAGAGGCAAAGGAACAAGUCCUGGCAAACCUAGCUAAUUUUGCAUAUGACCCCAGUAACUAUCAGUAUCUUCGACAGCUGCAGGUCAUUGACCUAUUCCUGGAUAUGCUUACAGAAGAUAAUGAACGAUUUGUAGAAUUUGGAAUAGGUGGUCUCUGUAACCUCUGUUUAGACAAAGAGAACAAGGAAUACAUUUUACAAAACAAUGGGGUUCAGGCAGUGCUGAACUGUUUAUCCAAUCCGAAUGAGGACACAGUACUGUCUGCAAUUACCACAUUAAUGUACUUGAUGACUCCUUUGUCCCAGAAGGAAAUCACAGCAAUGCCAGUUAUUGAGUGCAUGCUCCGGUUCUCCAUGUCUAAAAAUAAGCGUCUAAGUAAUUUAGCAACAGUGUUUCUGGAAGAUCUUUGCUCAUCUGAAGAGGUAGAAAAAGCUCGUAACUUGCAUAAUCACACAGCCCUGGGAAUACCACUUCCAAAAGAAUAGCUCAGAGAAUUCUUAAUAUCUGUAGCGUUGGAACAAUUUCUGAAUAAGCUCCACUACGUAUAACAUAUGGGCAUAUACGUAAUUAUUAUCAAUUUAUAACACUGUCCAAUUGCCAGUUUGGUUGAGUCAAUAGCACUGUUGUCUUUCAUGUAUAUGAAAGCAUGUGACGCUGAGGAACUCUGCAUUGAUGGAAGUGUGCUACAUGUUACACAAAGCAAAAUCUUGUUCAGGAGGAUAUUAAACAUUGCACAAUUUUGUUCAAAAUUGAGCCUAUUUCUGGAGUUUGUGAACCUUCCUGCUUCAAGAAAGAGACUCAAAAAUUAGUUGGUCAUUCAUAUCUCUUACAUUUGUUGUACAGAUGGCUGUGCAUUUCCUACAUAACUUGUUACAUUUCACAGGUAUUUCAUAUAUAUUUACAAUAUUACAAAUAUAGUAUUAUAAAACAAAAUAUUGCAGAUGCUGGAGAUCUGAAAUACACAAAAGCAGAAAUUGCUGGAGAAACUCAACAGGCCUGGCAGCAUCAGUUCACCUUUUAAAUGGUUCUAAAGAAUGGUCACUGGACUCCACUCUCCACAGAUGUUGCCAGACCUCCUCUUUUUCUUUAGCAAUUUCCAUUUUUUAGUGUUACAUAAUGUUGCGAGUGAAUCACCACAAGUUACCUUUAAUUCGGCUACUUAAAUCUUAUAGACAGUCAAAUACUGAAACAAUAAUUUAAAUUUUAUUGCAUAUAGCAACUAAAAUAAUACCCCUCAAGUAAGCCUCAAAACCCAGUUUGGCUUGGUGGGACUUGGCCAUUUUUCUUUCAACAGUAUCUUAUCUCUGGAAGUGCCCACGAUUCAAUCUUAGUCCAGUGUUGUUCUGCUAAGUGGGGGGUUCUGGUGUUUGAUUCUUAUCCAGAUUUUUGUCUUUAAGAUCUGUGAUGAGAUAUAUUGAUGAUUCUUUUAAAGCCCUUUUAUCUAAAUUACUGCAAGUCUGCAGCCUGCCGCCUUCUCAGAAGUAGCUUCUUUGUUACAAGGGGCGGCACGGUGACUCAGUGGUUUGCACUGCUUCUCACAGCGCCAGGGGCCUGGGUUCGAGUCCCAC